GCCGCGCUCGGGCGUUCCGGCCCCCGCCAUGGCCGCCGCCGGCCGCCGCGACGCGCCCGAGGCGCCUGACUUCGGCAUCCUGAAGCGGCUGGCGCGGGACCAGCUCAUCUACCUGCUGGAGCAGCUCCCCGGGAAGAAGGACCUGUUCAUCGAGGCCGACCUGAUGAGCCCCCUGGACCGCAUCGCCAACGUCUCCAUCCUCAAGCAGCACGAGGUGGACAAGCUGUACAAGGUGGAGACCCGGCCGGCCCCCAGCGCCAGUGACCAGUUUUGCUUCCUCGUCCGGCCGCGGAUCAGGACGAUGCGGUACAUCGCCGAUAUUGUCAAUGCCGACAAGAUGUCAGGGAGGAGCAGGAAGUACAAGAUCAUCUUCAGCCCCCAGAAGUUUUACGCUUGCGAGAUGGUGCUGGAGGAGGAAGGAGUCUUUGGUGAUGUCACCUGCGACGAGUGGUCCUUCUACCUGCUCCCCCUGGAUGAGGACAUCAUCAGCAUGGAGCUGCCCGAGUUCUUCCGCGACUACUUCUUGCCUGCCCAGAGCUCUCGUGGUCCUGCAGGAGGGAGAUCACCGCUGGAUCAACUCUGUCGCUCGAGCCCUGCAGCUGCUGAACUCCCUGUACGGCCCUUUUGGCAGAGCCUACGGGAUCGGCAGAUGUGCCAAGAUGAGCUACGAGCUGUGGCGGGACCUGGAGGAGGAGAGCGAGGGCGAUGGCCAGGGCAGGAAGCCUGAGAUUGGCAGCAUCUUCCUCAUGGACAGAGACACCGACUACGUGACGGCGCUGUGCUCGCAGGUGGUGUACGAGGGGCUGGUGGAUGACACAUUCCGCAUCAAGUGCGGGAGCGUGGAUUUUGGACCAGACGUCACCUCCUCUGACAAGAGCAUUAAGGUGCUGCUCAAUGCCCAGGACAAGGUCUUCAGCCAGAUUCGCAACGAGCACUUCUCCAGCGUGUUCGGGUUCCUGAGCCAGAAGUCCCGUAACCUGCAGGCACAGUAUGACCGGCGCCGCGGCAUGGACAUCAAGCAGAUGAAGAACUUCGUGUCCCAGGAGCUGAAGGGACUGAAGCAAGAGCAUCGCCUGCUGAGCCUGCAUAUUGGUGCCUGCGAGUCCAUCAUGAAAAAGAAAACCAAGCAGGACUUCCAGGAGAUGAUCAAGGCUGAACACUCUCUCCUGGAGGGCUUCGACAUCCGUGAGAGCACCAGCUUCAUAGAGGAGCACAUUGACCGGCAGGUGUCCCCCAUCGAGAGCCUGCGCCUCAUGUGCCUCCUGUCUAUCACGGAGAACGGUCUCGUCCCCAAAGACUAUCGCUCCCUCAAAACCCAGUACCUGCAGAGCUACGGCCCCGAGCACUUGCUGACCUUCCACAACCUGAAGCGCAUCGGGCUGCUGACGGAGCAGGCGGCCGGGGAGACCCUGACCGCGGUGGAGAGCCGGGUCAGCAAGCUGGUGACCGACCGUGCUGCCGGAAAGAUCACGGAUGCGUUUAAUUCUUUAGCCAGGAAGAGCAACUUUCGAGCCAUAAGCAAGAAGCUGGGGUUGAUCCCCCGGCUGGACGGCGAGUAUGACCUGAAGAUGCCGCGGGACAUGGCGUACGUCUUCAGCGGCGCCUACGUGCCCCUGAGCUGCAAGAUCAUUGAGCAGGUGCUGGAGCGCCGGGGCUGGCAGGGCCUGGAGGAGGUGCUGCGGCUGCUCAACGGACACGAGUUCUCUGUGUCAGACAGCACGGCGGAGGACGGCGCGGCCGCGGAGGCGCAGCGCGUCGUGCUCGCCGUGUUCCUGGGGGGCUGCACCUUCUCCGAGAUCGCGGCCCUGCGGUUCCUGGGCAAGGAGCGAGGGUGCAAGUUCAUCUUCCUGACCACGGCCAUCACCAACAGCGCCCGCGUCAUGGAGGCCAUGAGCGAGGCCCGCGCCUGAGGCCGAGAACGGCGGGGACGGGGGGGGGGGACGGCACGCGGCCGGCGCAUGCGCGGGGGCGCCGAGGCACCGCCCUGGGUGGGGUUCUCCCGCCGUACGGUCACGUGGCUGUUGUCAAACACGGAGCGCCGUUAUCUGACCCAA